UCAGCUGAUCCGUUGCGUCAAAUAAACAAUCCCGAAAAGCACGUGAAGCGUUCAGCCUGCUGUCAGCAGAUCAAUCAAACAUUUCAAAACGUAAUCCAAAGUUUAAAGAGUUACUCUAAGAAGCUGUAAUGGUUGGAAGCGAUGAAGCCGAGCUGAAAAUAUCUGAAAGCAGUGUUAAUCAUGAUUUUUCCACACCGGAAAAGCAGGAAGCCAGAACCUUUCUGCGUGAACGAUUCUUACGCGUGAUAAGUGGGGUCAUUGGCAAAGAAGCGUCAUUUCAGUUGUAUGAGAACACAAAAGUUAAAGCAGAAUUUCGCGGAUGCGAUAUUGAUUGCUUGGAGAUAUUCACCAGAAACUUAGAAACCCCUUCCGGCAAAGUUCCUGAAGCUAUCCUGAGAGCAACGGAUGUGAUUUCUUUUGAGAUAGACAACAUACAACAAACAUAAGCUGUAUUACUAUGGACAAAGUUGAGGAUAAUUUUUAUACAAUGUACAGACUAAGAUUGAAAAUAGACAGAAGAAUGAAGAA